AUGUCUGGCCCAACCUCGCUGUCUGCGCUGGAAGCGUGCAGGAAGAAGACGUUGGCAGACGUCGUGCACGAGCACGAGCAGGAGGAGCUCGAAGGCACGGCCCUGGAGAAGAGCCUCUCUGCGGUAGAUGUCAUCGCGUUCGGCAUCGGCAGCACCGUCGGCGCAGGCCUCUUCGUGAUCACGGGCCGUGCAGCGAGCGAGUACGCAGGCCCGGCGAUCACGCUGUCCUUCCUCCUCGCCUCCAUCGCGUGCCUCCUCUCCGCGCUGUGCUACGCGGAGCUCGCCGCCCGCAUCCCCGUCGCCGGCAGCGCCUACAGCUACACAUAUGUGUCCCUCGGAGAAGGGGCUGCGUGGUUCAUUGGGUGGAACAUCACGCUCGAGUACGCCGUCGCGGCGUCCGCGGUCGCGCGGGGCUGGGCGGGCUACCUGGCCGCGUUCCUCGACUCGGUCGGCUAUCCGCUGCCCUGGUGGCUAUAUUCGAUUCCGUUGACGAAGAGUCCUUUUCUGGAGUCUGGCUGCCCGAUCGCGGCGCUGCUGGUGCUGGCGUGCACGGGCGUGCUGCUGUGCGGCGUGCGGGAGAGCUCGCGGAUGAACAAGGCCAUGACUGCGGUGAACUUGGCCGUGAUUAUGUUCAUCAUAUUCGUGGGGGUGCAGCACGUCUCGACUGACAACUGGGAGCCCUUCGCGCCGCGGGGCGUCGACGGCGUCGUCUCGGGCGCCGCGUACGCCUUCUUCUCCUACAUCGGCUUCGACGCCGUCUGCACCCUCGGCGAGGAGCUCCGGGACCCGCGCCGCGACCUGCCCGUCGGCAUCAUCGGCUCCCUAGCAGCGGUUACUGUUUUAUACAUUGCAGUGUCGGCGGUGCUCACGGGGAUGGUCCCGGUGAGCCAGAUCGACGCGGACGCGCCGCUCGCAGCCGCGUUCGUGUCUGCGGGGCUCCCCUGGGCCGCCCGGCUCGUCGCGUUCGGGUCUGUCACGAUCCUGACAGCGACGACGUUCUGCUCGCUGUUCGGGCAGCCGCGCGUCCUGCUGUCGAUGGCGAGGGACGGCCUGAUCCCGCGCGCAUUCGGAAACGUCACGCACGGCACGCACGUUCCAGCGUUCGGCACCGUCGUGUCCGGCGUCGCCAGCGCGGUCAUGGCGCUGUUGUUUGGCAUAUCGGAACUCACGGACGUGAUCUCGAUCGGGACGCUGAGUGCGUUCAUGGUGGUGUGCUUCUCCGUGCUCGUGCUGCGGUUCCGCGGCGCGGCCACGAAGGCGGAGCUGCUGGGCCCAGGGGUGGGUUCUGCUGCGGCGAGGAGGGGAGGGUGGUGGCUGCGCGUCAGGGCAGCGGCGGCACGGCGUACCGCGCCGUGGAUGUGGAUCGCGGGGUUCUUCGUCGCGGCCGUGCUCCUAAACGUCGCGGUCAGGACGGACAUCGGGUCUGACGACGACUCAGGAGAGGGCGUCCGGACGUGGCCUGUGUGGUCCCUGCUGCCGGUGUUGGCCUUGACGUUCCUCCCGCCGCUGGCGCUGUCGUCUCUGUACGAAAUGAACACGGCCCAGAUGGCCGACGACGGCGCGCAAAAGGUGCCGUGGAUCCCGUGUCUGGGGAUCGUCGUGAACGUGCAUUUGAUAGCGGGUCUGACCGAGGGCGCGAUGGUGCGGAUGGUCGUUUGGACGGCAAUGGGGGCGGCGAUCUACGCGGCGUACGGUUACAAGUCCUCUGCGCUGGGCGCCCUACGCAGAGCGUGA